UGUGUUUUUUUUUUUCCUCGUCAACUUGUCAAGUUGCGCUCAUUAAUUUCUUUGUAAGCACAAGCUCCCAUAUACUCUCUUCUUCUUAAUCUGUGCCGUUUUCAAUCGUUUUGGCAUAUCUUCCCCACAAGUUCUCUUGCCAUUGACUACCAGAAUAGCCGAUCCUUUUGUCCCGCAACCUCUGGGCAUCUGGCGCUGAACGACCAGGCCAAACUCCUCCCCACCACCACCCCCCGACCACAACCAAAACAAGAAAAGAAAAGAAAGAAAAACCAGUCAUGGACGGACUCUACAACAUGGCCACGCUGGUCAAGGACCGCGUGCGCAACAACCUGGGCAACUCGCUGUCGCAAAUGUCAGCGCAGCAGUGGAUCCGUCUCAUCACCGCCAUCUGCGCCUACCUGCUCGUGCGGCCGUACCUGGUCAGCCUAGCGGGCAAGGUGCAGAUGAAGCAGAUGGAGAAGGAGGAGGCCCGCGCCGAGGCCGAGGCCGCCGAGCAGCGGGCCAAGAUGUCCCCCAACGAGUUCCGCGGUCAGCAGAUCGCCGGCGUGCCCGAGGACACCGACGAUGAGGAGGACGGCGAGCCUGCCGCCCCGGCGCAGUGGGGCAAGAAGGCCAGGAGGCGCCAGCGCCAGGUCGUCAGGAAGAUCCUCGAGGACCACGAGCAGAAGCUGGCUGACCAGGCUGGUGAUGAUGAGGACAAGGAUAUCGAGGAGUUCUUGGUCGACUGAGCGGGGGGGAUGAGAGGGUAGAAACCUGUGGGAUUCAGGGGUCGGGCUUGGAUCGGUCGGGUCAUACCUUGGGGACUCUUGCCUGCCUUUUUUUUUCUUUUGUCAUUAGAUUUGCGGUCAAUGGGCACCAGUGGCCACAAAAAAGGAAGCUUGCGUGUUGGACGUUUUCUGAUAACUUACAAAGCCAACCUAACCCUUACCUUGUUCUGUAACCCGAACCACGAGACAAGCACAGAUUUCCUACCUCCAAUCUAUCAGUUGGAGCAAAUUCUUUGUGUCAUGGUGACUGGGACACCAAUUGGGAAAAGACACAGAAGAAGCGUCACCGCAGGUCCGGCAGCAACGUCCGGAUGUGAUACUGGAGCUCGUCGAUCUGAGGGGUUCUUUGCAGGCAUGUUCUCGCUCGGCCGUGGGCAUGUGUUAUGCAACAUCUCGUCAUGCGGGUUGGAUCCGGUCUGAGAAUCUCUGCGCCCAUGCAUUAAUGGAGGCAGUACAAAGGACCUGCUGUGUGAGUUACAGGACCAAAUUUGUCAAUCAUCGGAUCAUCAUUGCGGAGGGCGCCGGUGAUGUCGUGGAAGGAUGACGGAGUCGCCACCCUCGUCCACAAUUACCUUUAAUGGGCGAGGAUGAUCAUAUAAAACCCGAUGCCCCGUCUCGUGCACAACGGCUUUGAUGACUAUAGCAAUGGGCCUGACCCUGCCUCGCUCACCCGAAAGUUGUUGAGUUGUGGCGGGCUUCACAACCCCCGACUUGUACGAGCACCAAACUAUCUAUCUGCGGCUGGUGGCUCAACUUUCAAUGCAAGAUGAGUUACAUCAUCCGGGGACGCAUCGGCUCCGCGGGAGCCGGGUGAUCGGGGAACAAUUACAGCAAUCGCACAGAAGUACCGGAUGGGCAAUAUCUCUCGAUGCAUGCCUCUUCUUCUUGCUUUAGCGUGCACAGCUUGCAUCUGCGGGCAUGUCUCGUGAGCACUACCUGUGAUACUUCCGACUCGUGUGCUACACUCUUUUAGGGAACUUAAUUCUCUUUGUUUUCUCCAUGUUGAUAGGUUGGCCAUCACACACACAUCCACAUUGAUCGGCUUGGUUUUGCAGAAAUAAAGUAGUAUUCCAUAUGUAUUUUGCCAUGAAGCUAAAGAGCUUCGAUAUUGGCUGUAGCAGAGGAACAAGACUGUCAAGAUGUGAUCAAGAAGAAACCUCGACGAUCA